AUCUGCUCUUCAUAACAAAAAUAAAUUUAAAUCUCUGAAGAUCAAUUGUAAUUCGCUUUAUUUUAUUGCCUUGCUUGAUUAGUUAGUCGGUAUUAUUAAGGUUUACCAUUUAACCCAAGCUGUUUUAUAGACACAUUGUUUUUUAUUGUGCUUUUUAAAAAAAAAAAAAAAAAAUCUGGGGUGCUCUGGCUGAAUUACCAGUGAUAAUGAACGUGUUGAAAGUGUUAAAUUUCCUUUACAUGUGUGUCAUACAAAAAGAAGUACACGAAUACAGUAAAUACUUAUUUCACUUUCUUGUUCAAAAAAUGGUAGACCAAAGUAGAAGCAGUACACAACAGUUAGGCUACGUAUUCACAGUGGGAGGGGCUUUUGGCUCCGAUGCGUUUUAAUUGGUUGUUAGCUCGCACUGAGUUGUACGGUUAUCAGUAAUUAUAUUCAGCAUGUUUUACCCAAGAAAUGACAUCCAGAAAGGGUUAUCUUCUUCGACCGUCAAAUUAUACCGCGAAGAUGGCAUGCUCCGACAGCCCAUCUGCAAACUCGUUUUUGGUAGACUCUCUGAUAAGCGGCAGAAGCGAAGGAAGUGCUCACUACUACCAAAACGGUGGCGUGUACUUGCCACCCAGCUCCGACUAUUCCUAUGGACUGUCUAAUUGUGGCUAUUUUCCCGGACCCAAACGGACUGAGAACCAAAAUGUGGUACCUACAACUGGCCCAUAUAUGCAAGGAAUGGAAUCAUGGUUGGAAACUUCGAGGUCGUGUCGCACUGAACAGCUUAGCAGCCAGAGCAUUUCCCGGUCGUUCUCCCCUGCCAUAAAAGAAGAAAACUCGUAUUGCUUCUACGAAUCAGGGAAGUGUCUAAAAAACACGGGGACUGAAGACAUAUCUUAUUCCCGGGUGACGGCGAGCGUAUGUCCAUCAGGGAGUAACAGCAGCGUUCCUGUACCUGGUUACUUUCGCUUGUCACAAACGUGUUCGUCGUCCAAAGGUUAUUAUCCAAACGACUUGUCUGAUUCGAGCCAUUUUGCCCGUUUUGAGGAAUCUCGUCCAACCCUUUCUGCAGAAACAAAUGGGACAGAAAUCGAAGAGCCGGCCGCCCAAACAGACGAGGAGAGCCGGAAAUCACCGAGCGGCCCCUCUUCAUCUCCACAACCACCAGAAAGUGAAGCAGAAAAUUCUCAGAAAGCAAAUGAAGGAGAAUGCAAAAGUGACAGUACGGCCAACUGGUUGACGGCGAAGAGCGGCAGAAAGAAGCGCUGUCCGUACACCAAACAUCAGACUUUGGAGCUGGAGAAAGAAUUUCUCUUUAACAUGUACCUGACUCGAGAGAGACGUCUGGAGAUUAGCCGCAGUGUUCACCUAACCGACAGACAAGUAAAGAUCUGGUUUCAAAACCGCCGCAUGAAGUUAAAGAAAAUGACUCGAGAAAACCGCAUUCGCGAAUUGUCGGCAAACUUCAGCUUCGCCUGAGGAAGGAGCUCUGGCGCCCUCAACCAGAUAAAGCGCUUGCUCAGAUUGCUUUCAAAGCGCACACUUCUGACCUGUACAUAAUAUUAAUAAUAACUUAUUGUGUCGUAUAUACUACAGUCUGAAUCUUUUUAUAUGUCCGUUUUAUUUCACAUUUUGGUCCCGGUACCACAUCAUCAUUAUUUAUGAACUCUGCAAAGUGCAUUGGACGUAGUCUACAAAGUGAAGAAAAUAAUGUUGUUUUAUUAUUGACAGGUGUAUAUAAACGGACAGUAGUAUGUAUUAACUGUAUAUAAUAUGGCAGUAUUUGCAUGAUGUAAAAUUAAUUGCAAUUACAAUCAUGUUUUAAAUUUAUUGAUUGUAAAGUAUUGUUAAGAACAUGCUGGUGACUGUUUUUGAAACAGCGGUUAUGUGACAGAACUAGCCUGAACUGUUUUUGAGAUUUCAGUUUUCAUUCAUCUAAGAGUAGAUCAGACAAUUUAAUCACAGAUAACGUUAUCUGUGGCUCAUUGUUGUGACCUUACAGUAUGCCUAGGUGUUUUGGAAGGCCACAAAGAAAUGUCCUGCUUGUAGAUAUCACGGUCACUGAGGUGCAAUAUGUGGUUCGUUUUCAACGAGGGAACAGAGGAGAAAGUUGAUCGAUACGAUUUAUAAUUUGCUGCAAAAGAAUUACGUUUACAGGCUGUUUGGGCAAAACCUAAUAGCUUAUCUUUGACAACGCAUUCUGCCAAUCUUGUGGUAUUCUGUGAAUUCAUUUGAACUAGUAAAUAUUAAAAAACAAAAAACAAAAACAAAAACAUACCUAAGACACGUUUGUAACACCCUUUUUUCAGAUGCCUGUGUGUCUGAAUAAAA